ACCCCAAAUAGAAUCCACUGAGAAGUGGGUUGAUGUAACCAACUCGAGCUUUUCCUGCAGUAAUGACAGAGUAAUACCCAGCCAGGAUAAGACUGUUUUUCAAGGUUCAGUUGGGUCAAAGUCAUUACCAUCUACAGUAUCUGUCAGAGACCACCCUAAGCAGAACACUAAACCAGAAAAUACUGUAUUGUGUUCUAGUAGAAAUGUGAAUAUCAACAUGCAGUCUUGCAAAAACGUCCCUCUCAAAUCUGAACCCUCCAGUCCUGAACCUCAGUUUCCCAACCAGACUGAACAACAGAACUCUAGUUUAAGGAAAAACAGAGGUAAAACAAAAAAUCGCGUUGGGAUAUUGUUGGACAAAAUACCUCAGACAGUGAUAAUCCUCAGAAAUUGCCUUCCCAAGAAACUAAACCUGCUGUGAAAAAGGUCAUCUCCGUCAAGAGAAUUGAGUUUUCUAAAGACGUCAGCCAGGAAGAUCCGUCUCCGAAGGGUCAACUGAAAUGGGAAGCUGAGUUGCAUUCCGAGACGAUUAAGCAAGAAAUUAUUAUCACACAAGAACACAGCUCAGCACUAAUAACUUUUGGGAACGACCAAUCAGAUUCCGCAAACCUAACUGCACAACCAGGCACCUGUGAAACCAGCAGUGACCGUUUAGACAUCAAACCCCACGUCAGCCAAAUGGAUGGAGAUCCCUCACUUUUAAAUAAUACCUCACAUGUAGACAGAGCUAGAAGGGAGCAGGGUAGGGAUGAUAAUGAAGAGAAACCUAAAGAUGGCCCUCACAAGAGCAAACUGCUGAAGACACUAGUGUCGAGCCAGGACGGUGUAGGCCAAAGCGAGGACAGUGACACUGACGAUUCAGAGUCGGACUCAGACUGCGGUGUUGCCGUGAAACGGAUGCACUCUGUGGUGGUUGUACCAAAGAAUUCCACCCUGACUCACUCGGACACAACAGACAAGCCUGCGUCUCCCUGCACUCCAAGCACUAGCCCAGGACGUCAACAAUACGCUAACAGGGCCAGUGGCCAAGAGGGUGACCUGGACAGGAAUGAGAUCCCAAGCAGAGUAAGCCCUCAGCAGAGACAUAGAGGUUUUCCCGCCAUGUGUGAGAGCACUAGGCAGGCCAGUAAUCCUUGUGUUGGUGGAAGUCUCUCUGCACAUGACAUCAUGGUAUAUCAAUCACAGAGCAACAUGGUUGAUAGCACCAGCCAGCUCGAGGGCUCCAACGCCACCGAUGCCCAGCCUUCUAAGGAUCCUUAUAGCAGUGCCCGUGAGAGACCAAAGAUUGGUGCCGCAACAGUGAGCCAGAUUGCUGCCCACAGCCUUGAGAACUCCUUCAGGCAGUCUGACACAGGGCAUCCACAGCAUUAUGGAAGUGGCAAGGGUGGCGGGAUGCUUUCCCGUUACCAACAUGGAGACUUUGCUAGCUCUGAUGACUUCAACAGCAGUCUGGGCUGGGACUUCACACAGUCGGAGCAGCCCAGCAGUACGUACCAGCAGCCUGACAGCAGCUAUGGGGCAUCCCAACAGCAUCCUAACACACAACAGCCAGGGAACUCUUCUUUGGGGCAGGUGUACAGGACAAACAAUGGGGCCUACUGGACCCAACUACCAACUACGGCCCAGCCCACCUGCAGACCAGUCUACCUCCAUGUGCCUGCAACACAUUAUCAGGAGCCUGUUGGUCAAGUCCAUCCUGACUCCCCUGACUAAUGACUGCGAUGAGGACAGCGAGGGGAAACCAGCGGGCUUUAGUAGACUAGCUGUGGAAUGCAAUGGUCCCAAGCUUCCAGGCUCGCUAGCCUUCGUACAAGCCCAUGAAAUAAGCAGCAACUGCAGAGGCUCUGUCAACGCCACUCCAGAGAAUAUUUCCAUAGUUGAACCCCCCAGAGACAAGGACAACUCAAGGCCCCACAGAGGCAGGGGUCCUCCCAAGAAAAGGCGGCCAGAAAUGGAGUCAGAUUCGGACAGCGAGGCAGAACCUGUGCUGGCUAGCAAAAGGGAGCGACUGGCAGAAAGGGAGAUCCACAAGGUCUCCAAAGAAUCCCGGGAGAUUCCAGGUCAGGCUGAAGUGCAACGCCCUUUGCUCAGUCUGAGGGACUUCCGGGACGCCAGCAACUGGAGGGAGAUGGCAAGGUCUAAGAAGAUGCCACCAUACUUUGACCUGAUUGAGGAAAACCUGUAUCUGACUGAACGGAAGAAGAACAAGUCUCAUCGAGACAUCAAGCGAAUGCAGUGUGAGUGCUCUAUGCUCUCGAGGGAGGAGCGGUCUCGUGGAAUGAUGGCUUGUGGGGAGGACUGCCUUAACCGUCUGCUGAUGAUCGAGUGCUCAUCACGCUGCCUGAAUGAAGGCUACUGCUCCAACCGGCGCUUCCAGAUGAAACAGCAUGCAGAUUUUGAGGUCAUCCUGACUGAAGAUAAGGGCUGGGGACUGAGGGCGGCCAGGGACCUGAUACCAAACACUUUUGUGCUGGAAUACUGCGGAGAGGUGUUGGACCACAAGGAGUUCAAGACACGGGUGAAAAAAUACGCUAGCAUGAAGAACAUCCACUACUAUUUCAUGGCCUUGAAGAAUAACGAGAUCAUAGAUGCCACACUGAAGGGGAACUGCUCUCGCUUUAUGAACCACAGCUGUGAGCCCAACUGUGAGACCCAGAAGUGGACUGUGAACGGCCAGCUGAGAGUUGGGUUCUUCACCUCCAAGACCGUCACAGCUGGUACAGAGCUUACCUUCGAUUACCAGUUCCAGAGAUAUGGGAAAGAGGCCCAGAAGUGCUUCUGUGGGGCUCCCAGCUGCCGAGGCUUCCUGGGCGAGAACCGGGUCAGUGUAAGAGCAGCGGCAGGGAAGAUGAAGAAAGAGCGCCCUCGCAAGAAGGACACCUCCGUGAGCAAUGCACUCACUACGGUGGACGAGGAACUAGAGGCUCUGCUGGAGAACGGGGAGGGUCUGUACGAUGAGAAGGAGGUGGUGUCUCUCUGCAGGCUGAUGGUCAGAGUGGAGACCAUGGAGCAGAAACUCAUCUGCCUCAAACUUAUCCAAGAUACCCAGAGCCCAUCCUGUCUGAAGCAGUUCCUGGACCAUCACGGUCUGUCUCUACUGUGGAUCUUCAUGGUGGAGCUCUCUGAAGCCAAGGGCAACAGUGUCAACAACAUCAAACUGCAGUUUCAGAUCAUGAAGACCCUGUCAGUGCUGCCCAUCUCCACUAAGAACAUGUUGGAGGAGAGUCAUGUCCUGAGCCUCAUCCAGCGCUGGGCCCAAACACACACACACUCCCUCCCCCAGCCCCCUGGGGCCGAACAGGACGGCUACUCCAGUGAGAACACGUCCCGCGCCCAGACCCCUCUCAACACUCCCGACGGCUCCUCUGCCUCCGUCGCCAAACUGGGCCCUGAGUUGGACAGCGACACUCCCAAACGGGCCGUUUACCGUCGCCUCAAGAUCAGCGAGAACAGCCUGGACAGCGCCAUGUCGGACGCCAGCAAGGCCUCGGACGGUAAGGAGGAGGAAGAGGAGGAUGAAGAGGAGAUGGAGGACGAGGAGGUCUCACGACCUGAGCCUCCAGUGGAGAGCAGCAAACAGUCCAAGACAGAGCUGGUGGUUGAGGCCCAGGCGGUUGAGGCCCAGGCGGUUGAGGCCCAGGCGGUUGAGGCCCAGGCGGUUGAGGCCCAGGCGGUUGAGGCCCAGGCGGUUGAGGCCCAGGCUCAGACUCCCACAACGGAGGAGCCGACAGAAGAGCCAGUCACAGAGCUGAAGGAGACACCAGAGGAGGUGGUGGAGACCAUGGAGAUCACAGAACCCGAAGCUGAGAGCCAAGACGUUAAAGAUCAGGAGGAGGUGGAUGAGAAGGGCGGUGACGAGGAGGUGAAAGAGGAGGGGAGUGAGGGACGGAAGGAGAGCGGAGAGGAGGAGCAGCAGCAGGCAAGUCGGUCAGUGGAGGAGAGGGAGGUUGUGGCAGGAGAGCAGGCCAACGUGGAGGUCCAGGAAUCAUCACAUAUUCAGCCAGUUCAGACGGAAGUUACUGAAACCCCUUCAGAGGAGCAGCCUGCUGAGGAGAAGGAAGAGGAGACCACCACAGCAGAGACUGGGACUGAAGAUACAGAAAAGGCUCCAGGCAGCCAGGAACAUCCAGGCCAAGUGGCCCCCGAGGGUCCCCCGGAGGUGGCCCCUGGCACUGAGGACGCUGCCCAUGUAGUGGCCCCUGCCUCGGAGGCCCCUCCACCUCCCUCUCCGGUGGUCCCCGUGGAGCCUGCGGCGGUGGGGACGCCCUCGCAGGAUGAGGAGGAGGGUGUGUCUGAUGUAGAGAGCGAGAGGAGCCAGGAAGCCCUGCUCAGUGCUGUGGAUAUAGGAGACAUGGCUGCUAGGCUGCUGGACAGCUGGAAGGACCUGAAGGAGGUGUACAGGAUCCCCAAGAAGAGCCAGGUGGAGAAGGAGAUACAUGAUCGUAGUCGAGACCGAGACGCUGCCCCGGCUCGCACCCCCUCCGGCAGCCGGGAACGUGACAAGGAGAGGGACAGGGAACGAGAUCGAGAAAGAGAACGGGACAGGGAGCGUGACCGGGAACGUGACCGAGAAAGGGACAGGGAUUGGGAGAGAGACCGGGAGAGAGACAGAGAGAGAGACUGGGACAGAGACUCUGAGAAGACACCCCGCAGCACAGAGAGACGGAGGAGGCGUGCCUCCACCUCCCCACCACCCUCAGCAUACGAGAGGAGCAGCAGGCGACAUGAGGACCGGUUUGACCUGGCUAACAGCAGUAAGAAGACCCGUUCCAUCACCAAGGAACGCACCAAGCUGUCCACAGAGGAGCGCAGGAAGCUGUUUGAACAGGAGGUGGCCCAGCAGGUCCAGAAACAACAACAACAGUUACAACAACAUCAACAACAACAGCGGCAGCAGCAGCUCCAGACUCUAGCCUACGAUGCAGCCCUGACCUACACUACCAGCCCAGCUGGCUUCAUCCACUACCCCCCCGGCUACCCCCUCCAGACCUACGUGGACCCCGUCAACCCCAACGCAGGCAAGGUGCUGCUGCCUACCCCUCCCGUGGAGCCCCUGGUCCCAGCCACCCUGGUCUUGGAGCAGACCCCUCCCCAGGCUCUGAUCACCGAGCUGGGCAUGACCUCUCCCUCCUCUACCUCCCAGCCCCCUCCAGUCUCCAACCUCUCCAGCAUCUCCCAACACAUCCACCAACCCACUACGCCUCUGGAGCUCCACCACGGCACCACCCAGCAGUAUGCCCAGCAGCCCAGCGUGGCAGGCCAGGACCCGGGUGUAGGCGUCCUGUCAGUGCCUGCUGUGUCUGCGCCGCCUCAGGUGUCGGCGGGCCAGGGGAGUUACACCACACUGUGGGACCCUACCACCCAGCAGGCUGUGACAGUACAGACCCAGGUAGCACCACAGUACCAGGUUGUCCCAGCACCACCUCCCACCCAGACAGCCAUCUACUACCAGGGUCAGCCCUGUCAGACCAUCUACAGUAUCCCCACUGCCUAUCCACAGGCUAACACACCUGUCCUGCAGGCCUACGCUGAUCCGGCUGCCAGCUACCUCCACGGUCAGCCGGUGUACACCGGUCAUCAGCAAGGAGUGGUGGUUCAGCAGGGGGGUACGGUCACUACCAUCGUCACCUCACAGACUGUCCAGCAGGAGAUGCCCAACGCUCUGUUAGUCCCCAACAGUAUGAUAGACCUGCCCCCUCCCUCUCCUCCCAAACCCAAAACCAUCGUCCUGCCCCCCAGCUGGAAGGUAGCACGGGACGGAGAGGGAAAGAUCUACUAUUAUCACGUCAUCACCAGGCAGACUCAGUGGGAUCCUCCCAGCAGCUGGGACGGGGCCAGUGAAGACUCUCACAGCUUAGACCACGAGGCUGAGAUGGACCUGGGGACGCCCACCUACGACGAGAACCCCUCCAAGUUCUCUACUAAGACAGCAGAGGCAGACACAUCCAGUGAGCUGGCCAAGAGGAGCAAGGAGACGUUCCGGAAAGAGAUGUCCCAGUUCAUUGUGACCUGCUUGAAUCCGUUCCGGAAACCAGACUGCAAACUGGGACGCAUUGUCAACACUGAGGAUUUCAAACACCUUGCCAGAAAGCUAACUCACGGCGUGAUGAACAAGGAGCUGAAGUCCUGCAAGAACCCAGAGGACCUGGAGUGCAACGAAAACGUCAAGCACAAGACCAAGGAGUACAUCAAGAAAUACAUGCAGAAGUUUGGCAACAUCUACCGGCCCAAAGAGGACACUGAGCUGGACUAACACUGCUGACUGGAGGAACAGAACGGGGAUCAAGACUUGAAAAUAUGAUUAGGCUACAGUUGUUUGGGGCCCACAAUCGGUGAAAGGAGACACACUGAAACCCAGUUUAAAGUCAAGUCACGCUGGGAAACUGAACUGUGGAGGUGGGAUCGCUCCAGACACAUAUUUAUGAGGAGGACAUGUUUAUGUUGACUAAGACUGUGUCUUAAACUGAUGCCUUGAAGGCUUGCCGCGCGCCCACUGACUAGUGGGAGGGGACUAGUGGGAGGGGGGCGAGAAUCAUGACGAGGAGGGAGGUGUCUCCCAAGGGGCGGAGGCUCCAGGUGAAGUGUCCACAGAGAAGUGUGCGACACCUAGGCUGCGUCUCAACUAGCACCCUAUUCUCUAUGUGCCCUAUGUAGGGAAUAGGGUGCUGUUUGGCACUCAGACCCAGAGAGGGGUGCUACAUUAACCUAUAGUGUCACUAUUAUGUUAGCUUUCUACAUUUUUUUCCAGUUUAACUUUCUUACCUAACUAACAAUGUUUUCAAAUCUUAUUUACAUAUUCUCUUUAGAACUCUUCCUCCCUUGUCUGAAAAGGAUUCAUGAAAGACUUGGACAUAACAUCAUUUUAAAUGGCUCUUCAAUGUUUUUCCACUGUUGGGAUGUUGCUGUAUGAAGUCCAGCAGUGGUAAUUAACUGGUCAAAAUGGAACAGUGUAAAGAAAGACAAAAUCUCUGUUUUUCCAUAUGACUGGCUUUCCUCUGGUGCGCCCGCCUGCCACACCCCCCAAGCCAGCCAUUGACUUGAUUAGGGUAUCUGGUGCUGCUUUUAGGUGGGCUGUGAUAGUCCAAGCUUUCUACUCUCCAAGCCCUCCCUGCCUUCAGACCACAAUCCUCCGGAGCCUCUGUUAUAUGAAUGCUUGAUGGAGGCUGGGUUCGGUUCGGAUGGAGGCUGGGUUGGGUUGGGUUCGGAUGGAGGCUGAGUUCGGUUCGGAUGGAGGCUGGGUUCUGUUGGGAUGGAGACUGGGUUCUGUUGGGGUGGAGGCUGGGUUUUGUUGGGGUGGAGGCUGGGUUUAGUUGGGGUGGAGGCUCGGUUCGGUUCUAUCGUUCUGACUGAAUUCCUCCAUGGCUGCUUACCAAAUAGCACCCUAUUUCCUAUAUAGAGCACUACUUUAGACCAGAGCCCAUAGGGGAAUCCUAGCGUGCACUACUUUAGACGAGAGCUCUAUGUAGGGAAUAGUGUUCAUUUGGGACAUAGUCCAUGUUCCAAUGCUCCCUCCCUGAGUAAAUCUUUUUAUUUUAUUUUUUACAAAAAUUGAAGAAUGAACUUUAUUAUGGAGCUUGUUCUCUUCAGUCGGCCUACUUGUCUGACUGUAUCAAGUAGUGGGUUGGACGGACGGACGGACGGACGGGGCCUUCAAGAGGACUUAGUGGUGAAUAAGGAACAGCAGGGGAUGGGGAAACUGAUUGAUGUUUUUGUCUUUAAUUAACUUGUACUAUGAAGUGAACAGGAUUUGGAUGCUAUCAGACACACAUGAUGCUUGUGUGUCAGUCAGUCUGUACCUCGUUCUGUUUCAACCCCCCCCCCCUCCACAAUGGAGUGUAGCGUUGUAAUUUUAACUCUAUUUCACCUUGUCUUUCUCUUUUUUUACUAUUAUAAUUCCUUUAGACGGGCAUCACAGAGUGUGCUGUCGUCUUGUUGCUACACAAGCUGUUUUACUCCUUAGUCUCCGGGGUAACAAGGUUUGUGUCCUGUCGUCAGGGUUACCGGGUCGUUGAUCAUUUGGGUAACUCUCACACCACCAUUUAAAUUGCAUUAAAACCAUGUUCAAACACACACAUGUAUUAUAGUGCUUCAUAUGUGAAUAUAUUGAGAAAUAGUUUGAGCAUGUUUAGGUAAGCACAGUCUUUGUAAAAGGAUGGACUGUUGGUCCGUGAUACACCUGGCUAUUGCCAGGUUAUAAGUAUACCAAACACAGGUGAAUGAAGGGGGAGGGUCGAAGUGACUUCCUGUGUAAGCUGAAGCCAGGAUUCCAGCCAUUCACAGCCUCUUGUUCGUUUGAUUUUGGUGGUGGGGGUUGCAGCAUUUUUCUGUUUUGUUUAUGAGACAGAUUUAUUUUUAUUUUUUUGGUAUGUACAAAAUGAGUUUCACCCCAACUCUACUGUAAGUACUGUGCAAGCACAUUGUCAUACUGAGUGUACAAACAUUUUAAAAGAAAAAUAAAGUUUUUGUAAAAAUGUG